CGUGGAUGAUGUCGUUAGGGCAAAGAAAACACGUCAAACUUCCACACUGCGUACCACUUUCUCUUAACACCUCAUUUAGAUAUUUUCCAAGUGAUUUAAAGGAAUACAUGGAACCAGUAUUAAAACAAAAGACGUGAAACUGCCGCAACGAGGCGAAGGUGGGCGUGCCACUGUUUACAUCUAGCUAACGCUGCCAAGCUUUGGAAGCUACAAACCGUGCUAACGACGAAGCUAACUAAAGCUAGCAUGAAUGUUCGGACAGUGACAGCAGAGAGACAUUCAGAGCCAGCUGGGAUAGACCUGAGAUUGGGAAGCAGAGAGGAGGAAGAAACUGUGUGGCUGGAGGAGGAAAAAUGACCCAAGGGCAGUGUGGAAAAGAGAGCCCCCGUUGGUCUGGCGUGUGUCUUGGAACAUUCUCCUGAUACGUGGAAACAGACUAGCUUGCAAACUGAUGGGAACACAAGACGGCAGGUGAUUUUUGCCUUCCUUGCCAAGAUUAAUCAGAACAACAGGCUGCUGAUGGCAUGGCAGAUUUUGGCCUCAUGUAGCCCUGCAAUCCAGUGGGAAGUACAAGCCAGUGGGUAUGUUCUUUGUGUGCGUGUGUGUGUGUGUGUGUGUGUGUGUGUGUGUGUGUGUGUGUGUGUGUGUGUGUGUGUGUGUGUGUGUGUGUGUGUGUGUGUGUGCCCUGUCAUGUCUGUACUACUGCUGCAGCAAAGGACCCAAUACCAGGCAAACUGCACACAGCGCAUUUUAUGUGCACCUAAAUGUCCGGCUUAUUUUAAAGGUAGCGAGAUACCAUUACAGGUCAGCAUUGUUUUAUUAAUACCCGAAUUCUGGUUAUGCUGUCAUUCGUUAUUUUGGUAUCAUGUUCACGUUGCAUCUGUCCACAGAACGUACCACCGGCAGCAAGGCAAGGUCAGAUAACACAGGAGGCCAUGAAACUUCAGAUAAGAGAGGAAUUCCUCUUCUCUUCUAAUGAUCUUCAUGCGCAGAUCCUUGACAUUGCUUUCAAUUUCUCUUCUCAUAUAUUACUACAGUGCCAUAAUGUGCUGUGUGGAUACAAUAUCUUUACUCAGAACAAUUCCUAAUAUUUUUUGCACAAAUAGAGUUGCUGAUGCCUUAAGUCUGUAGUUAUAAUAGAAAACUUUUUCAGCUACAUUUUCUCACAGAAUUACUAAAAGGCUUACAUAAAAUGACAGGCUUUAUAAACUACCCAAAAUUUGAGAUUGGAGAACACUUCACAGGCUACUGGAGUAUCCUAACUGCAGUAGUUGCAAAGUAACUUUUUGCAUCAGAGUAAAAAUAAUGAUCUUUUUUUUUAGUAUAACAACAUCAUUUAUACAACAACAACACAUAAUGUAUUCAUCAGAAUACCUGACAGAAGGGUGCUGAAAGUGAAGGGCUAAGUAGUGAUCAUUUGAAGAUGCCAUCUGUGUAGAAAAUCCUACCUGGCUGAGUGGAGCAAUGGAUUGCAUUAUUAGCAGUUUGGCUCGGGCCGGUUGAUGUGCAUUCCUGCAAAAGUGAGCUCUCCACCUCCUCCUCCUCCUCCUCCUCCUCCUCCUACCAAUUAUCCAGAUGAUUACUCUUCCAAUUCAAACAACUGGUGAGCAAAAUCCUUCACUGCCCUCACACUCCAACAUGUGAUAUGGUACAUGAAGUCAGUUAAUAUUGGAUAGCUGCUGAAAUGUACUCUAGGAGUUAAGUUGCUUUUUAAAGACUGGAUUAGUCUUCUUUGCCGAGGCAAUGUAUUACAUGUCUGACUCAGCAGUGGUUUGAUUAUGCUGAAGCACAGUUUCAGUUAGUGUGUGCUACAUACAUUGUCACACUUCUGUUUUAACGUACAUUCAGGAGAUCACUGACUUUUUUUCUUUACUUACUUAUUUAUUUACCAUACAACUCAUUAAUUCAAAAUUCUCUAAACUUUGAUGUGUUUCUGUUUUUUGACAAAAAAGACAGAGUACCUCAGGUGUGGAACUUAGCUGUUAGCGUUACAUGUUUGUCCAGGAAAUAUUCUCUACAGGAUCCAAGCAGGAGAAUCCACACAGCUUAGCAUCUAUUGUAGCAAAUGGCAUUGCAGUGGUGAGGAUUAUGGAGGCACAUAUACAUUUGUAUUUGUUACCAUGGCAAAUGUUAUUCCAGAAAGGUCUCUGACAUAAGAAAGAAAGUGCAAAAAAGCCGAACAUGACUGCGCAUUUGUAAUGUGGAGCAUGAGUGGAAGAAGAAGGAUUGGAUGUAUGUGUUAGUAUAGAACAGGAAAGGGUGGAGAGAUUUUGAUAAUUUCUGAAAGGAACAUAAUCCACCCCCCACUUGCUCUCUCGCUCCCUGCCACCUCCCUCUCUCCCUCUCUCUCUCUCUCUCUCUCUCUCUCUCUCUCUCUCUGUCUCCCUUUCUCUCUCUUUCUCCGAGUCCCAGCCCCUGAAGGUGUCAUAACUGUGCUCUCUCUCUCUCUCUGUCUCUCUUUCUCUCUCUCUCUUUCUCUCUCUCUCUCUCUUUCUCUCUCACUCACUCACUCUCUAUCACCGCCUUUCAGAUCUUUAAAAGCUGGUGCUUUGCUGUGUCUCUCUCGAUCUCCAUUUGUCUCCUCUGGCACUGCAGGGGACUCAACCGGCAAAGCACCAAGGAAAGCUACUGUAUAGAAACGGGAAGAAGACUGAGGAAAGGGGAGAGAAAGGGAAAGAGAGUAAGGGAGAAAUAUACAUCCAGAAAUAGCAUCAGCCACAUUUAAGUGACAGAGAGUGACAGAGUGGAGAACCUGAGACCUGGACAGAAAAUGCCUAUCCUUUCUAACUUAACAACCGUUGUUUUGUUGCUGAUUGCUCACUGCGGAUCAUGGACCGGGGCAAACCGCUUGGGCCCCUUCAAGAUCUGUCCCUCCUGCAGGGAUCCACUGGGGGCAGGUCGCCCCCCCAGGGACCAUAAUGUUGCUGGCAGCACGUCAGUGUUGGCCCAGGGAGAGCCCUGUGGUGUGUACACCUUGAGCUGUGCCAAGGGGCUCCGCUGUGUUCCCCCACCGAGGGAGCACAGCCCCCUUCAGGCUCUGUUGCAGGGAAGGGGCAUUUGCGCCAAGCACAGCAGGACUAGUCCCACUGAGAGGCCCCACCCCACAGGUCCCCAUCCCUCACACGGUGGUGACAUUGAAAAAGCCCCCUGCCGCAAGCUGCUCAACAGCGUCCUGAGAGGUCUCGAGCUGACGAUCUUCCAGUCGGACCGCGACAUCUAUAUACCCAACUGUGACACUCGUGGCUUCUACAGGAAAAAGCAGUGCCGCUCCUCCAAGGGCAUGCAGCGCGGCAACUGCUGGUGCGUGGACGAACUCGGCGCGCCCGUGCCAGCGCGCGCCAGCGAGGAUGGCACUUUACCAUGCGAUGGGGAGUGAGGGACGAGUCUGUCCUAUUGCUCUGAGCCCGGAGGAAGAGGAGAAGGUGGAGGAGGAGGAGGAGGAAGAG